CAGUCGGUCAGUUGCAAUCCUACACGCAAGGCGAGUCUCGCGUUUGCGCGUUUCUCUGCUCCUUGCAGGGAUCCUUGCGUGUUUACGCAAAAACAAAAAUAGCAGUGCACGCAUUUCCUUCGCGAGAAGUUGCACAGCCGCACGCAUAAACAUUUUGCGACAAAGCAUUUUCCCGCCAAAGCGCAUAACCGUCGAAGUUUGCUCGCGAGUAUAUCGAGAUUAUAAAGACAUUCCUUCAAUAGUGAAAGAGAGAUAAAAGGAGCCAAGUGAUCAAACGCAACCCUUAAGACUGACGUAGAUCUAGAAAUGCAUUUUAUUUAAACGCGAGCAUUUUUUUUUAUCUUAUCAAUCAACGGCACGUCAGAGUGUAUCGACGAACGUUCGCGAGCCACCCUGAUUUUGACAGUUCUUACGGUUGCAUCAGCCGUGCUCUUACAACCGCGUGCACGGCCGCCUUUGUUCGUCGACGCCACAUACUUCUGUGAUACGCAAGACGGCUGUCUUCUCUCUAUCUUUUCCCCCUCGCCUUUCCAUAAACAGGCAUACAAGGCUAGCCAGCUGCGUCAUUCUUGUUGUGUGCUUCUCAUCAGCCACACUACACGCCAGCCCUGGCUGUCAAGUCGUUGUAGUCGGAUCGUUGUUGUAGUUAGCUGUUGUGAUGUCACACAACACAGGAAUGGACACAUCGGGCUUGCCUGUACCGGAUGCAAUCCCCCUGCUUAAAAAGUUAGAAGAAGACCUGGUCCUGGAGGUUAAAUUUCAACCAAACCUCCGUCAAUUACCUGUUACAACUCAGGACGAUGAAGUAACCAUCGGUGCCCGAGACAGAUCUGCUCAUGUUUUAAGAUGCUUGAAAGUGGUGUACGACUUUUCAUCGGAUGUAUUUUUCAUGGCGAUCAAUCUGAUGGAUCGUUUUCUGACUAAGAUGAAAGCGAGGCAGAAGCACAUAAACUGCAUCAGCGUAUCCGCCUUUUACAUAGCCGCCAUUCAGCGGGUGCAAUCCCUAGACGCCGACCACUUAGUCUCGAUCUCACAAUGCCGAUGCACCGCCGACGACCUGAAGCGUAUGUCUGAAGUGAUACGAAAUAAAUUGGAAUGGGCACCCGGUACUCAGCCCAUUACCGCACUGACUUUUCUACAGCUGUUCAACAAUAUGUUCCACAUAUUAGCGGAGCAAUUGAGCCUUGGUGAUAUAUACGCCAGUAUUGUUAAGGAAUCUGAGUUGAUUCUUAGAUUGGAAAUGGUAGCUUGCGACGGUAACUCAGCGAGUCUCAGGUCAUCCGAAGUGGCCUUGGUGUUACUCUGCACUUACUUGGACGCUGCUGUUAAUCGGUUGAAUGCGAACGGGGACUCUAACAUACCUGACGGUCCAUCUUCGCAGAAUGGAACCAUCGCACCGUCCUACGAGACGCUGAAGGAUGAAUUCACGCAGUACGCACUGUGGCUUCGAAAGAAAUGCAAUAUCUCAAAUGAGAGUUUUUGCACCACGUACGGAACAGUGGACGCUAUACUGAAAAAGUAUAAUGCCCAGGAGCAAACGCCUUACAGACAGAAAUUGGUCUGGAAAUUGUCGCCGCGCACUGCACGCGUUUUACGUCCGACUGCUAAAUUUAUAUCCGUGCUACCGGUAAUCGCAGAACAUGCUCCAAUUCCGUCUCCGAGCAAGAUCAGAAAAAGCCGCAAAUACGCGCGACGCCAUGGGAAUAAGAGACGUUAAGAAAACAUUGCAUUUUUUAUGGUCUCAAUAUUCAUCUGGGUACAUCAAGCAGAAGUGCAAGAUUCGUUUUUUCCAGUACAAAGAUCAAAAUUUGGCUCAAAAGUACAAAUGAUUAAUUCACAUACAUCACAAACACGUAAUGAUUUCUCUUAGAUAUUUCGUUUAUGUCGCCUGCUGAGAUGUACAUAUUGAUGAAACGUAAGUUAAUGCUAUCACAAUUAUGUUAAUCUCAGCUCAUGUUCUCAUCGCAUCAUACGCAUAUUUCGAAGCAUUUUGUGUAAAUAUUUUAAUAUUUUAUAUGGGAGACAAGAUUGAAAGAUUAAACCCCUGGCGGUAAAAUCGAAUAAAUGAUUGCUAUUAUAUAUAAUUAGAGGGAGGACAAGCAGACAAGCGCUGUGAAAGCAGAAGCAUCGACAGAGAAAUCAUAUAAGAAAUAUGGAAAUUAAUGUGAUACAAUGUCCAUUAUAGUUAGUAUUACUUGGUAGUAAAACUAACAUUGCGCUAAAAGUAUAUAUAUAUCUAUAUAUUUGCAAAAUACGUUAAAGGUAUAAAAAAAGUAUAAAAGAAGAAAUAUAAAUACGAAAGAUUGCGAAAGUGUUGAGAGAGUUACGUAUAAUAUAAAAUUAUUAAAGAAAAGUAAAAAAAUUAUAAAGACAAGAGUUGGUAUCUACCAACGAGAAUUGUCGGAUGCGUUAAACUUAUAUUUGCUAAGUUUAAAAAAAGAAAAAAAAAACAUGUUUAGUUUCGUCGCGUUGAAAUAUGCUUUUAAUCAUUAUCCGUCUAGAGUUGACAAAACAAUUGAUAAAACGUGUUUAAGCACGUUAACAGUGAAUUCCUUACGCGCAAGUGAAAUAAGUGAACAAUGAUUUCUUCGUGCGGAAUUCAUUAUAUAAUGUUUCGAGAUGCACAAGUGUGUAAUCUAGAGUGUCUAAAACGAGUUUCCCUGUUAACUUUAAUAUGAAGGAUAAGAUUCGACUUGCAUAUAUAUUCUAAAGGCAAAUUGUACUUUCAUUUUUUUCUGAUGUAGAAGCUUAUUCAAGUCACUUCUGUACGAAAUUACCUCGUACACUUAUAAAAUUAUAUGCGUAUAGUAAUCAAAAUUCUUAAAAUUGACACAUUGUUCAACUCAUCACGCUUUGCAAGAAAGUAUUGAAGAACCAUAAUUUAAAAUUAUUUCGACCUAUGGUCGUUUCUUAAGAGUGAUUCUUCAGACCAUCGAAAUAUGAGCAGAUACAUAUAUACUUUGUUCCAUGUUGAUAUGUUAAUGCAUUUAUAUCGUUGCAAAUGAACUUAUGAAUGAGUUAACACAUUGAUUGUCGCACUGUGAAAUGUACAAUUUUUGCACUUAAUCUUCCAGUGUAUUUCAUGAGCUUCGAAAGCCGAAUUUUCCUCAUAAUGUAAUAAUAGAAAAUUGUUUUAUCGAAGGAUUAAAUAGCGAUAAAUUUACUAAGAAAAUUGGUAAAUUAUAUACUUCGGAUCUUGAUUUAUAAUUGGCUUGUUCUUUAUCUUGCGCGCACGAUCUGCGUAUCUCAGUGUGCUAAGAGUUUCAUCUAAAUUAUAAUCAAUAGGAUUAACGCAGGCAAUCAUAAGAGUCAUAGAGUCAUUACCAUCUAAGAAAUCCUGUAAUGUCGUAAGUUUACUAUUUCUAUAUCCAACAUAAGUUCCAGAGACACCAUCAUCGACUUACGAAAUUACAUUGCCCACAGCCAGCAAUUCUUUGUUUAUAUUUACACCUUCUUUAAAGCGUUGUCUAGUGGCUCGAGUCUUCUUGCUACGUUCCGACUACGCUAAAUCAACUGUUUCCAAUGUCGGUUAACGGUAACCUGAUUCUAAUUUGUUAAUGAAUUACUAACAUGAAGAAUAAAAUAUCAUUAUUAAAGAAGACAAAAAUUACAAAAUUUUUUUCUUUUUGAUAACGAUAUUUCAUUCAUAUUGGCAAUUUGGACUGUUGACAAGUUGGAACUUUCGGUUAAAGUUAACCGACGUUGGAAAUAGUGAUCUUAAAUGAAACUUUGUCACUUGUUGUAUUCGGAUCAUUUUUUUUGUUGUGCGAAUAUUGCACGACUACGAUUGCUAUGUGUUCAUUGCAGUCGCAUCAGCUGCAUAAUUCAUGAACUGGCUUCUUUCUUUGUCAGAUAAAAGAUUGUAUAGCUGUUCUAAAUACAAUUCCACAAAUGAAACUGCAACUUUAAAAUUCCAGUCUUCCUUAGAUAUAUUGUAUUUGAGAUAAUUAUUUAAUAAUUAUCUCAAAUAUGUCACACAUGAUGUAUUUAAGAUAAUUAAAUUUAAGGAAGAUUGGAGAUUCUUGAUAUAAUAUCCUGUACUCUCAUAUAAUUUCUCUUGACAAUCAACGUGUUAAAAAACUGUCUGCGUGUUGUGUGUGUGAUUGCUACUAAAGCAAUCAAUAUUAUAGUAUUAGACGAAUCCGAUCUUCUUCCUGCUUUACUAUUGUAUGUGCAGAUCCGCGAUCAUUCUUACAUGGGACCGAGUAUAAUAUUAUGCUUUGUAAUUGUGAGAAGCAAUACUUAUUUGGCGUCUUGUUCGGCGAAAACGUUAAGCUUUUCAAAUGGUUUAUGUAUAUUUAUAUCGACACAUAUAUAUACACACUUGUGCAAUAUAUCAAAUGCAUUAAAUGAUGCAUUAAAUUGCUCUUUGCGAUAAUUCACAACUGGACUUGGAAAACUGGGUCUGCGAUAUUCGUGAUUGUAAGAAAGAAGCAAAGCAGCCGCCAGUUUGAAUAGUUUCUCGAAUCUUAGCCAGUUUAUGCUAGUCAUAAGUCGUACCAUAUUUUCAUCUAAUUAUGAUCUAUGAAGUACAUUCUCUUAUUGUCAUCCGUGGCACUCUGCAUUAAUACAGCGAGCGAAAAUUAAUUCUAUGAUUGCUUUCUUUCUUUCCAUUCUAUCUCUGUUUCUGUAAUAAUGUACCAGGCACGAUGAGAGUUCGGAAAGUACUUAAUUAUCGGCAUUUUUACGAGCCAAGAAAUUCCACAAAUUCGUAACGGGAACACAAUAUAUUUACAUUACAUAAAAAUAAUAUGUAAUCUCCAGAAUACAGUGAGUGCUGAGAGGCAUUUUUCUGCAAGCGUGACAACCAUUCAAAGACUGAAAACUCUUCAAAAAUGCGACAAAGAAUUUGAUCUUAUAGUAUUGCUUUUCUUCUGGAGUAUCCUACUCGUAAAGAUAUUUCUCCUUUCCUGAAUGGAAGAAGAGAAUCUUUCCUUUUAGAAAUCCUACUGUCUUCGUGUGUAUGUAUACUAUUUAUUUAACUAUAUUUUCCGAAAAGCAUAAAUUUUUGUCUGUAUGUAUACUAUUUAUUUUACUAUAUUUUCCAAAAAAAAAAAAAGAUAAAUUUUUGUUUGUCAGUAUUAUAUCUUACUUGUUCCAAAAGUUUAUUAACAUAUUUCCAAUUCUUACGUUUGAGUUGUGAACUCUAUUAUGAAACUUAUUAAACCGAAUAACGUUAAUUCAUAUCACAUGUUUUUGAAUAUGUCUUCAUUAUGAUCAUGCGCGAGAAAUGGAACGAUGCAGUUGCGUUUUACAUAUCAUAAAAUUUGUUUUUCCAAAUAUAUUUUAAUUUAUUUCUCUCUUCGUAGUACAUACGCAUAUGAUAAAUGGAAUACUCUAAAUGGUGGAACUGUAAUGUAUAUUACUAUCAAUCUUUAUGGCAUUAUUGUUGACCUAAUACUCAUUAGCUGAUAAUUAUUGUAUUAUAUGGGGUAUUGUAUAUAUUACAAAAUAUCAUUCGUAUCAUGUAAUUGUCGUGUAAAAAUAGAUACAGGUGUUUUUGCCUGUAUCGUCCCUCGCGUAUAGACUUCAUAAAAAAAAGAGGACUCAUAUCCAUUGAUUAGAUCCUUUAAAAAAAAAAAAA